GAAAAAAUCAACCAGGGCUCUUCUUCUUCUCUACACUAGUUUUGUGAAUUUUCCUAGAAAAAAUCUCAUCUCUCCCUAGAAAAGUAAAUACAAAUCAGAGGUCUAUCCAUAUCAGAUUUCCCCAUCACUCUUCUCGUCUAAAACGAUAACUUUUUCUCGCCGCGUUUUUUCUUUUUUUCUUCUCUUUUUUUUUUUAGUUUCUCGAAAGAAAGACUCUUUAAAUUUUCUCUCUGAUCUGAAAGUCUGAAAGUCUGAUUAGUCUGAAACUUUGGUUUUUAUUAGUUGCAGUUCGAUGGUGAUGGUUGGUUGUAAAUGGGUAAUCUCAGUUUGGUUGUAGCAAAAUCUAAGUCCGUCAACUACAGUUUUUAGAUUUGUUUAGAAAUAUUUCGUCAAAUCAUCGAUUUUGGUUAUUCAUCCAAGGAUCAAAAGCUUUUUCCUUUUUUUUCUCGUGUGUGAAUUUGUCUCUUGUAUAAGAAAGUCUCGAGGUUUUUUCCAGACUUUCUAGUUUUUUUUUUCUUUUCUUUUAAGUUAGAAGAAGGUCAUUGGGAUCCAUUCGAUCGGAUUUUAGGCGACGCGAUUUGUGAUCUGUGUGAAACUAAUUUCAGAGAUCAAGCUUUCUAUAGCACUUAGUUGAAUUGGUAUUGAAAUUCAUACGUAGUAGAAAGGAAAAAAGUAUACUUUUUUUAAUUUCGGUUAUAGAAAAAAUGGAUCGUGUGGUUGGUGGUAAGUUCAAGCUCGGACGAAAGCUUGGAAGUGGUUCCUUUGGUGAAAUUUUCCUAGGGGUGAAUGUGCAAACUGGAGAAGAAGUGGCUGUUAAGCUCGAGCCUCUUCGAGCUAGGCACCCUCAGCUUCAUUACGAGUCAAAGCUUUAUAUGCUUCUCCAAGGAGGAACUGGUAUUCCUCACCUCAAAUGGUUUGGGGUUGAGGGUGAAUACAACUGUAUGGUGAUCGACCUUCUCGGUCCUAGUAUGGAGGAAUUUUUCAACUAUUGCAGUCGAUCUUUCACUCUUAAAACGGUUCUGAUGCUCGCUGACCAGAUGAUAAACAGAGUCGAGUACAUGCAUGUACGAGGCUUCCUUCAUCGUGAUAUCAAGCCUGAUAACUUUUUGAUGGGUCUUGGACGCAAAGCAAACCAGGUGUACAUCAUUGACUAUGGGCUUGCGAAAAAGUAUAGAGAUCUUCAAACACACAAGCAUAUUCCAUACAGGGAAAACAAGAAUCUUACAGGAACAGCUCGAUAUGCGAGUGUCAACACCCAUCUUGGAAUUGAGCAAAGCAGAAGGGAUGAUCUUGAAUCUCUUGGCUAUAUGCUUAUGUAUUUUCUUCGAGGAAGCCUUCCUUGGCAAGGCCUUCGUGCUGGCACCAAAAAGCAGAAGUAUGACAAGAUCAGUGAAAAGAAAAGGCUAACACCAGUAGAGGUCCUCUGUAAAAACUAUCCACCUGAGUUCACAUCGUAUUUUCUCUAUGUGCGUUCAUUACGGUUUGAGGACAAACCUGAUUAUUCAUACCUAAAGAGGCUUUUCAGAGAACUAUUUAUCCGGGAAGGUUAUCAGUUUGACUAUGUAUUCGAUUGGACAAUAUUGAGGUAUCCCCAGCUCGGCUCCAGUUCCAGCUCCAAUUCCAAGCCAAGACCAAGCUUAAGACCAGCUAUGAAUAUUCCACUGCCAUCUACCGACAAAGUGGAAAAGCCUUCAAUUGGGCAGGACAGUCGCGAGAGGAUCUCAGGUGUUUUCGAGGCAUACACUAGAAGAAAUGGGUCAGGAACUGGCGUUCAAGCUGAUCGGUCGAGUAGACCAAUAACCUCAGAGAAUGUUCUUGCAUCUAAGGAUACGCAAAACCAGGAGAGGCCAAUCACUUUAUCUAGAAACCAGAGUUCAUCAAGAAAAGCAGUUGCUGGGUCAAGUGUACGAGCCACUUCAUCAGCUGACUUCACAGACAAUCGAAUGAGUAGACUCGUCCCAAACAAUGGUCGGUCAUCUACAACUCAGAGGACCCAGUUCGCUUCGUCGUCCUCCUCUUUAACCACAAAGGCUGCUCCAGCGAGAACUGCUCGUGACAUUACUCUCCAGAGCCUCGAGCUCCUCAGUAUUGGGAACAGCAAGAGGAAGUGACUGGCUGAAUUUGCCACCCGCCGGAUUCACAGUUGGCUCAUAUUUUUAUCCAUCUUUGUUUAAGAAAGUGUUGUUAAGAAAGAAAUAUACAUGAUCUAUUUACAGAUAUGUGAUAUAUAUUUAUACGUGGGUUUACUUCAUAAGAUCAGUGUUGUUCGUAUCGUUAAAUUUAUAUUAUUCGCUUAAUUUUAAUAUAUUUUAAUCA